GGGGAUUUAUCUUUCAGACAUCUAACUGAUAUUGGGGAAAAUGUAACUGUGUACGAAGAAAUCAACGUUAUUCGAUAUACAGAAAAUAAUGAUUCAACAAAUGCAGGAUUAAUUCGAUCUAAGAGAAGGUUACAGAUGGUUAUAUCACAGCACUUCAGUGAAACCACAGUCUCUCUCGGUGUAGACAUAAGUUUACAAUGCAUUGUAAAUGGUCCACAUCCAGCAAGAUUCGUGUGGGAAAGAGACAAAGUAGUGAUAUCUUCUAAUACAGAUUCUAGAUAUGCAAUAGGACAAACUAUGACGCCAGAUGGCGGUGUAUUAACACAGCUAAAUAUUUCUCACAUAAGAGUCGACGAUGGAGGUCUCUAUUCGUGUGUAGCACAUCAUGGGGACGCAAUGGUUGCCCAUGAAGAUAGAGUUAAUGUUUAUGGUCCGCCGUACAUAAGAACAAUGCCACCGUUCAAGGUUCAAAGUGGACAAAGUGUAACGCUUCGAUGUCCAUAUUACGGUUACCCUAUAAGGGAUAUAUCAUGGGAAUUUAAAGGAAAAGAAAUCGUUAAAGAUGGUUCACAAAGUCAUCGUUAUAAAAGAUUUAUAAACGAUACUGCUUAUAGUAUAGAAAUAUUUGGAAGGAAACCUAAAUUAAGACAGAAACGAGAAGCAGCUAGUGUGACAGCAGAUGGAGUGUUAAAUAUAGUUAAAGUUAGUAAGGUUGAUAACGGUGCAUCUUAUGCUUGCAUAGUCAGAAGUCCUUCUGGUGAAAUGGCAAAGAGAUCAUUUGAACUACAAGUGGUUGAAGCACCGCAAUUAGAAGAUAUAUUACUAGCAUCAGAUUUACAAGAAGGACAAAUUGUACAAAUACAUUGUAAUCUUAAAAGUGGUGAUUCUCCGGUUUACUAUUCAUGGUUGAAAGACGGUAAAAAGAUACCGCCGUAUUUAAAGAUUGUGGAACGCAGCUUAGAAGUGUUCAGCGUUUUAAUAAUUAAAAAUGUUUCACUGGAUCAUUGUGGGACAUAUACAUGCGUUGCUGCGAAUCACGUAGCAAAAGUUAAUAAAACUGUAAAUUUGUACAUAAAAGUUGCUCCCAAAUGGAGUGAGGAACCUCGGAAUACUUCAUUGCUUCUUGGCAGAAGCGGUCAUGUGUCAUGUAGUGCGAACGGAUAUCCACAACCACAAACACAUUGGUUGAAAAAAGACGUGAUAUCUGACGCUUGGAGGCCAGUAUUAGAAGUUGCUGGUGGUGGAGUUCUGAGUCUAUCAAAUGGCUCGUUAAUUUUCGAUGCAGUAGCGCUUUCUGACGCUGGUCUGUACACUUGUCAUGUUGAAAACGGCGUCGGUGAACCUUUAAGCAAAACUGUCUGGAUAUCCGUUAAUAAACCUGUAACAUUUGACAUAGUAUCAAGGAACAUGACUGCAAAGCUCGGACAACAUGUAGCAAUAGAAUGUCAGGCGAGGGGAGAUGAUCCUAUUAGAAUAAUGUGGACGAGAAACGGAAAACCAAUAAAUCCGUUGACACAAAGAGUAAAAAUAUCUGAAACGAAAUCAGAUGAUGGCAUGACAAAUCUUUUAGAAAUUUUACACACGGAAACCAGCGAUGGUGCUAUAUAUCAAUGUAGAGCAGGAAAUCCUUACGGAGCCGACGUGUAUAGCGUUUAUUUGACUAUUUUGGAACCACCAUUACCGCCAUCAGAUUUAUCUGUAGAUUCAAUAAAAAGUCGAUCUGUCAAACUGUCAUGGCGAGACAUGACCCGGUCACUGGCUCAGUUUUACAAUUUACAAAUUGCGACCAGUCAACGUUUGUCUUGGAGUAAUGCUAGAACAAUAAAUGUUACCAGGUCAGAUGAAAUACGUCAUAUGAUUGAGAUAGGCGACUUAGUACCGGCCACUAGUUACACGGUGAGAGUGGCGGGUGGUAACCAAGCUGACCUCAGCUCGUACUCAACUCCAGUUAAAUUUACUACAACAGAAGAAGCCCCAUCAUCACCGCCGUUGGGAGUACAAAUAGAGCAAACUGACGGUCCCGGGGAACUACGAGCAAGAUGGCUUCCACCACCGGCUGACAAACACAACGGUCUCAUCAUUGGCUACAGAUUAAGAGCUGUUCCACAACUAAAUGGAGUAAAAGAAAAUCAAGACGUAAGCGACAAAAUCAUCAAAACAUCAUCGCUUUAUUCGAAACAAGAAACUAUUAUUACAGGACUUCUUAAGGGUGUCAGAUACGCAGUUUCCAUAGCGGCUUUUAAUGGCGCCGGCGCGGGACCAUUUUCAAUACCAAUGUUUCAAGACACGAGAGAAGGAGCACCGGAAGAAGGUCCUUCAUCAGUGGAGUGUGGCGGCGUAAGCUCGACCGCUCUCAGAGUUAGCUGGCAACCCAUCCCACCUCACAGACAAGCUGGAGCUCUUAUAGGAUACACCGUAUUAUAUGCGGCACAAGCUCGACAAUGGCAGAACGCGACGUCUCUAGUGACAGAGCUGCGCUUGCAAGGCCUGUACAAAUACACCAACUACACGGUCAAAGUCGCAGGAUUCUCAAACUACGGCACCGGACCAUUCUCCUUUCCUAUUGUUUGCGCCACACUUCAGGAUGUCCCUGAAGCGCCAGCUGAGAUCAAGCUACUGUCGCAGUCAUCUACCACGCUGCUUGUCAGCUGGAAGAAACCAAGGCAGCCCAAUGGACGAUUGCUCCACUAUACUGUCUACUGCAAGCCAACUGCAAGCAACGACGGACCACAAAUACUUCGUAUAGAUGCCGAAGAGACUGUAGACGUAUACGAGAAAACGCAGACAAUGGAACUCAAGGCGCUGUACGAAGGUCGCCAGUACGAUGUGUGGGUGACCGCCAGUACUGCAGUGGGAGAGGGACCGGAAAGUAAACAUGUUACAAACACACCAUCACAAAGAGUGGUGGCUGGUGUGGCAUCGCUGGGAGGUGAAGUGACGGUGGCAGUACGGAACUCAUUGCUUUUGGAAUGUAAGAGCGUCGGAUCUCCUCCACCAAGGACAGUGUGGUAUCACAACCAGAACAUCAUCACUCACCAUCCACGAUUCACAAGGAAUAGAGAUGAUAGUUUACUGAUCAAGAGUAUUGAUCAAGCUUUAAGUGGAAAUUAUACUUGUUUAGCCAAAAACUUGUAUGGAUCGGAUUCUGUAGUAUACUCAGUAAGAGUUCUACCUUUACCUGAUCCACCUGCCUUACGAACAACACCUUAUAAAGAUUCUAUAGUUGUAGAAUGGGAUGAAAUCAAACUACCAGGAAACGAUUCUUUAACAUACGGCAUAAGUUAUAAUUUAACAUGGCGUGAAGGUGACGGACCUUGGCAGGAGGCGUGGCCAGUGGCGAGGGAAACUCGUUUACCAGGAAUGCAGCAUCAUGCAUUGGCUGGUCUUAAAUGCGGUACAAAGUAUUCAAUACGAGUUACAGCUACAGAUAAUGUUGGCACAUCAGCUCCGGCCCACGUUGAUGUCACUACUCUAGGAGGAGCCCCAGUAUCACCACCUACAACCGAUUGGCUCUGGAGUAAUGCUACACAUAUCUACGUUCAGCUCAGUGGCUGGGAUGAUGGUGGUUGUGACGUCACCAAAUGGGAUGUAGAGUACAGAUUGCUUGGUUCGAAUUUAUGGCAUAAAGCAGAAAAUAGAGCGCCUAUGGAACUGAAUUUGGGUUGGGGUUUCAUUGACAAUCAUUAUCAGUCACCACCAUUGCGAUCGCUACCUGCGUCCUAUGCGGUAGGUUCUCUGGCGCCCGGGAAUUGGUACGAGCUGAAAGUGACUGCAGUUAAUGAUGCCGGUACAGCAUCCACUAUCUACACUUACGCUACUAAAACUAUUGAUGGAGAAGAAAUUGGACCUCCUUCAGAAAUACUUGAUCUGAAUAUGCUUGUAAUUAUUUGUAGUUCUAUUCUCCUUGUGGUAUGUCUUCUGGCUUUCAUCUGUAUAUUAUUUAGAAGACACAGACAAAGUUACGCGUCGCAAUACCGACACUCGAUUGCUGAUGAAGUGAAGUCGCGGAAUGAGGCGAUUGCCACGCAUACGGAACAUAAGGAGAGAUACGCUCAUACACCUAGAAUUUACACAUCUCCAAUACACCCGAGGAAACCUACAAAGAAUGAAAUGUUUGAAAUCAGUCCGUACGCUGAAUUUGCGCUUGGGUUCCGUACAUUUGAUCACGUCGAGAAUCAAGAUUUGCCGAGUCGGUUGCCCGGGAGACCAAGAUUUGACACGGAAACGAGUUUCCAGAAUCGCUCGGAAUCCGACGACAGCGACAGUACUUCAAAGGCCACCGUUACAGCUGUACCGAGACGGCACUGUCGCACGCCACAUCACAGAUAACAAGAAAUUAAAACAUUAUAAAAUAAAUACUUUUGAAAAUUUAAUUUUAUAGUGAAAGUUUUGAAACAAUCAUAUCAUAACCAGAUACGUUGCCAAAUAAGUUAGAAGUGUAGACGUAGGUUAAAGGAUAUCAACCUUUAUUUUAUUCGACUUAAGAGUCUUUUUUGGAUUAACCAGAACAAUGCCAUUAUAUUAUCUUUGUUCAAAGACUGAAGUUGACUUAUAAUUAGUUAUAUCAAUUACUAACGAAACCUUUGUUUAGGACAGGCACUCAUUUGCGUUUAUUUACCGCGCGGAGGAUUAACGCAACUGGAUAUAUGGCCUUAUGUCUUUUAAAUGUUGUGUUCAUUCCACUGAACUGCCAAUCAUUUUUAAGGAUUAUUCACUUUAUUAAGAAAUCUUUUCGACUAUUGUCUGCUUAUAUAAUUUUUUUAAAUAGUUUAACUCAAUGUUCAAAUAGCUCUAAGCUUUAAUUUAGAGCGCAAUGUGUGCACAAAUCCUCUAUUGGCUUGAACGACUAGAGUCUAAGCCACAACGCGCCAAUUUGAGUUGAACUAACUUUAAAAUAGAUGUAAUUUA